UCAAUCAAUCGAUUGAUUGAAAUGUAAACAAACAAAAAAUCUUCACCUGUGUUUGUUUGUGUAAAUUGUGUGCCAAAAACAAAACGAAUCUCAAACGAAAAAUACUCAUUUUUCUCAAAUUUCCAAGUUUUAAAUGAAGUGAAUCAAUAUAUAUUCAACUAACAUAAUGUUUAUCCAUAAUGGUGUUUUUUAUCCAAUAUUUUUAUUUUUUUUAUCAACAAUUAUAAUUCAUUUGGAAUGUCGUCAUAUAAUUGAUAAAGAAUGUUUGCAAUGUAAUAAAAAUGAAACAUUUUCAUUUUUUUGGAAAAUUGAACGUAAAAAACCAUCACCACCAUCAUAUUUUUUUGGUACAAUACAUGCACCAUAUACAAAAGUAUGGAAUUAUAUACCGAAUCGUGCAAAACAAGCAUUUCGUCAUAGUCAACAUAUUAUAUUUGAAUUAGAUUUAAUGAAUACAGAAACAUUAUUAUCAUUAACACAAUGUCAAUUAUUACCACCGGGUAUUCGUCUUUCAGAUAUUAUACCAAUUGAUAUUUAUUAUCGUUUACAGCGACAUUUACGUUAUAUUCGUUUAAAAAUACCACAAUGGAUUACUAAUGAACAAAAAUCACAUGGCCUUAAUGCAAAUGCAUUAUUUACUGCUAUAACAUUACAUUGGGAACGUAAAAGACCAAUUUGGGUUAUGAUUAUGUUAAAUUCAUUGACUGAAAAUGAUAUUAAAUCUAAAGGUAUUACUGUAUUGGAUUCAUUUUUCUAUCAAAAAGCAAAAAAAUUAAAAAAAUCCAUUGGAUCGGUUGAAAAUGCUAAAGAACAAUGUAAAACAUUAAAUUACCUGAAUACAACACAGGUAUUAUAUGCAUUAAAUCAAACAUUAUUACAACAUGAAAAUAUCCGGUUUGGUCAUUUACGUUCAAAUCAUACAACCAAUGAUAUGAUUAAUCAUUAUAAUUGUGGUAAUCUAAAUGAAGCAUUAUUUAAUGAAGAUUCUUCCAAUAUUCCAAUACUCAAAAAUCGUUCAUCAUCGACAUCUGACAAUGAUAAUCAUAAUGAUGACAAUAACGACGAUGUUGAAAAAUCAUUAUCGAAAAAUAUUGAAAAUUAUUUUCGUUUUGAAAUUAUUCUAAAACGAAAUAAACGUAUGAGUCGUCGUGUAUUGGAAUUAUUGCAAACAAAUCCAAAUGAAAGUUUCUUUUUUGUAUUUGGUGCUGGACAUUUUCUUGGUAAUGAUUCAAUAAUUGAACUUAUGAUGAAAGAUCAUUCAAAUGGUUUUGAAAUUAUACAUAUUAAUGAUGAUAGACAACAAAAACAAUCAUUGAUUUGUGAUACAACAGUGACGACGACGACGACGACGAGAUCAAUUAUAAAACAAUCGAUGAAUAAUGUAGAUCAUCAUCAUCAGAAUCAAAAACAACUGCAACAAUCGGAAGAAACAUUAAUAUAUCCAAUAUCAACUGAAUCAUUAUAUCGUUUACCAUUAUCAUGGUUUCAUAAUAAUCAUCAAAAUCAGCAUAAUCAACAUUCAUCAAUGAAAAUGAAUUCCGAUAGUAAAUCUUCGAUUGAUGAUGAAUCAUCUGCACAUUUACCCGUCGUUGUUAAAGAUUCAUUUUUAUCUGAACAAAAAAUUCAAUGGCCAUUAAAUAAUAUGAUUAACAAUUGGAAUAAAGAUUUAAAUCAUUAUCCAUUACCACAACAGCCAUCAUCAUCAUAUAACAAUAACAAUAAUAAUCAGGCGAUGUUUCAGAUGAUGAUGAUGAAAAUGAUGAUAUUUGACGAUGAUUCACAUUUAAGAUUUAUAUCGAUAUCCAUCCGAAUAUAUGAUCAAGUUGAUUAUAAUAAGAAUAGUAAGGGAUCAUUUUCAUUUUCGCAUUUAUAA